UUCGACUAAUCCCUAACAAUCGACGGAAACGCUCUCAACUCACAACACUCCCGCCGCCUCAUUCCCGCCGGCGAUUUUCCCUUAUCCGCCGCAACAAACUUCUCCGACCAACACCUUCUAUCACAGGUUGAAUCACAACGCCUGCUUCUCCUCCUUCUCGCUGCACCGUUUUCCAGAACAGAACACAUGGCGUCGGUGCGACAGAUAUUGAAGUAGCUUCAGCUCUCUACACUCACUUCAUACUUCAACCAACAAUAUACUUUGUUACCUCAAACAGUGCCAAUGUAUUCACGUGGUCGCGAUUUUUUGUUCUGUCACUUGUGUGGGACAAUGCUCACAGUUCCCUCAACUGAUUAUGCACUGUGCCCCUUGUGCAAAACCAAGUGUAACAUAAAAGAUAUUAAAGGAAAGGAAAUAAGUUACACAAUUUCUGCUGAGGAUAUCAGAAGAGAACUUGGAAUUGAUUUAAUUGAAGAACAGAAGGUGCAAUUGUCUAAGGUCAACAAAACAUGUGAAAAAUGUGGUCAUGGCGAAGCUGCCUUUUAUACCAGACAGAUGAGAUCGGCGGAUGAAGGGCAAACUACUUUCUACACAUGCACCCGGUGUGGUCAUCAGUUUCAGGAGAAUUAAGUUUGAACCGUGUAUGAACAGAUUGUCUACACUCUUUACUUUCUUUUUUGUCCCCUUGGCUGAAAUAUGCUCCCAUUUUCUACAUUAAUUUGGAGAGAGCUUUGUCUGUGCAAGUAGAAGUUUUGAUCCUAUGUAGCUUGUGCAAUGCCUGAAAAUUUAUACUGAAAUCAAACAUAGAAAAGUUGUUAUUUUGGUGUUAAAUAUUAAGUACCUUGUGGCAGUUGGCUCUUUGUUAGUGUGCUAAUUUAUCUACAACUCUGCGUGUUGAUGACUUGAUGUUACUAAUACUACUUGGUACUUGGUCCCUUUUUUUGGUGAAUAGUACUUGGUUCCUUUAA